CAGCCAGGCUCUAUCUGCACAAGCUUCUACAGACUGUGCGCUCUGACGUGCUGCUCUCAAUGUUGUUAGAUGAAGCUAUUGUAUUCACCGCGAGAUUCUUAGCUAUUCGCUUCGCUUUACUUCCUAUGUUUUUAGCGACGAAGGAAUGAAGAGUCUUCACAAUAAACGAUAUUGACAUGAAGAAGGACAUAGAGGUGCUGAUAGCAGAGGAACGUGCUGAGAUCAUCUCUAAAUAUAAUAAGGGUAGAGACGCAGGAGUUCAGAUUGAUCCUUGGGAGGAUGCAGACUACAGCAUAUACAGAGUUACAGAUCGCUUUGGAUUUCUUCAUGAAGAAGAAUUACCCACACCCAGUGCCCUUGAAGAGAAGCAAAAACAGGUGGAGAUUGAGAGGGUUCAGAAAUGGCUGAAGAUGCUGAAGAACUGGAGCAAGUACAGAAACAGCGACAGGAUGAUUAAGAGGGUGUAUAAAGGCAUCCCACUACAGCUGAGAGGACAGGCCUGGGCCCUGCUACUGGACGUUGAGAAAGUCAAGAGUGACAAUGCAGGAAAAUAUGAGAGAAUGAAGGAGCAAGCCCAGCUGUACUCUCCUGAAAUCAAACAGAUUGACCUUGAUAUUAAUAGGACCUUUCGAAACCACAUCAUGUUUAUGGAUCGAUUUGGUGUAAAGCAGCAGUCUUUGUUCCAUGUGCUCUCUGCGUACUCUGUUUACAAUACGGAAGUGAGUUACUGCCAGGGCAUGAGUCAGAUUGCUGCCAUUCUGUUAAUGUUCAUGAAUGAAGAAGAUGCAUUCUGGGCUUUGUCACAGCUCUUAACCAAUCAGAAACAUGCCAUGCAUGGAUUCUUUGUUCCUGGAUUUCCCAAACUUCAGCGUUUCCAAAACCACCAUGACCAGAUUCUCUCCAAACUUUUACCCAAACUUAAGAAGCAUUUGGAUAAGGAGCAGAUGUCCAGUGGGAUUUACAGCACUAAAUGGUUCCUCCAGUGUUUUAUUGACAGGACUCCAUUCACACUGACCUUACGUCUGUGGGAUAUCUUUAUCCUGGAGGGCGAGAAAGUUCUGACAGCCAUGGCUUACACCAUCCUUCAGCUCCACAGAAAACGUUUGCUUAAGAUGUCUCUGGAGGACCUGAGAGAGUUCCUGCAGGAGAAGAUAGGAGAGUCCAUCUACCUCAAUGAUGACCUUGUCAUAGAGCAGCUUAAAGUAUCCAUGUCUGAACUUCGCAAAAUGAAGCUUGACUUCCCACCACCAGCUAAGCCUGAUGAGUUUCCACGGAAACCUCUGGGUCUGGAGCUGCCUGUAGUUCUGACUCCGGUCAAAAGGCUCAAACCGAUGCCUUCAGAAGAUACGCCCAACAAAGCCCAGCUCAUGAAACGGCCACCAGCCUCUCUGCACAUCUCUCUACAGCAGGAGUCCAUCGUGCUGGAUGACAGCCCUCCACAGGACAAGAAACCUUACAAAGAUGGAGGCACCGGCAGCAUGUCACCCCUCCCCUCACCCGACCCCGUUCUAGUGCAUAGCCAGAUACCCCUCACAUCUGACGGAAUGAUAGGAGCCCCUGAGGACGGCGGGGAAUGGCCUCCUCCAUACGAACCUCCUGUCCCAGAGCUUAAUAAGACCCAAAACCAACCAGAGCUGUACGAUUCUACUCCACCUCCAAAUGUGGCUGAAACAUCAUCACCUGGUGAAAUUACUUCACAAACAUCCCAAACCUUGGAGCAGGACACUUCAGAGACAGCAGGGGGCAGUGUGGAGGGUGACUUACCCUCAGACAAUUUCCAAUCUGUUUCCAUGCAGCCUUCCAUUAUAUCCAGUUCUGAAAAUGGAGAGGUGCGAGAUGAUGAAAGUCAGAAUAUGGACAAAUCUUCAGAGAGACUCUCUAUAUCGCCCAAAACCUCAACAGCCUGUGAGCAGUCACAGUUACCUGCCAAACGAAUCCCCACAGUCCAUUCAGACCCUCUGAUUCAACACCCAUACAAUUCCAGCCAACGCUUGCCCAAGUCAGAGACAUUUUAAGCCGCUGACUAACUUUUCUUCAAGUGCUUUGCUAGUGUUCCUGUGGAAAGCAUUAUUGAUAUAGCAAGUAUUUUAAUAUUUGACUGUUCAGCAGCUCAAGUUUGUUCUGGUUGAAUCCGGCCGCAUUUGCACAAACAUCACAGCUGGCACAUUUGACCAAGAUAAAGUCUUCAUAAAAAAAGUGAGCUGGCUCACUGUUUAAUACACAACUCAGUAUAUAGCCAGUUGUUUUAUGAACAAUUGCCUUCUGACUUUUCUUCCGCACUCUCUGUCCCGGUUUCACAGACAGGGCUUAGACUAAGCCAGGAUUAGGCCUUAGUUCAAUUAGGACAUUUAAGUAGCUUUUAUAAACGUACCCUAGGAAAAACUUUACUGGUGUGCAUCCUGAGACAAAACAAUAACACUGGCAUAUUUUAAGAUAUGUCAGUGCAUGUUGCUUUCAGUUGAAACAGCUCAAACAUGCGUUUUAGUCUAGGACUAGCUUAAGCCUUGUCUGUGAAACCGGGGGUCUGAGUUGGAUAUGGUUUGCACAGAACCUUCACUUAAUAACACCACAACACCACUGAUGUCUUUGCAAUUUCUGUUCGAAUAUAAUAAAAUGGUGAUAGCUGUAAUGUUCUGAACCACACUGCAAAAUGACUGAUUUUCACUACAGCGAUUUUCACCAUUCAAAAUCAACAAGUGGCUAAUAUGCUGUGACUUGACAAAAUAUUGUAAUUAUUUGUUAAUAUCACAUUACACUCCAGGUUAAAUAACACAGUAGCUUACCCUUUCUGAUAAGAAGGUACAGAGUAAUAUACUUGUAGUGUAUGGUAAUUUUAAUGGUCAUGAUCAAAUAGGCUCCGUUUGUGAUGUGAAUUGUUUGUUGAUAGCAGCUUUAUGGCAAUUUUGCAGUGUCCACAAGCCAAUAUUUAUUAUUCUGAUAGAAAAAAAAAAAACACAAAAUAGUUUAACGGAAUGUGGCGCAGUAUGGCUCAAAAUGAUCUGGCAGUUUCAUUGAGACAGCUGCAGUGUCUUUGCAAUUUAAGUUCCUAUAUAGAAAAGCUGAUGGCAAUAUUAAACAUGGCCUUUAACAAGAUUGAACAAUAUUUUUCUGGUUGUUUCUAACCACAAAUUUCUGUACAUUUGGUAUUUGUACGUUUUCCAUUUUGUACAUUUAGCUUUUUAGAGUAUUGUAUUUUAACGCUUAUAGGAUUUUGUAUUUGUAACAUAAAUGACUUUAAUGUCAGAUUUGCUUUCUGAUGGCCUCAUCUAGCAUAGGCCUACUUUUUAAAAACAACUAACUGGUCCUAGAAGGCUGUACCCAGGAAGUGCUUCAGGUUUAUUUCAACUGCUUUCACAAACUCAUGCUUUGAGGUUACAUAUGAAUUGUUUUGCCAGAUCAUGUUUCUCAUCAUUCUAUGUAGACCAGUACAAAAACUACAAUUUUAAUCUAAAACAGAGAAAAUAGAAUGGAAACAGAGGAAUUAAGUAUUCUAAAGUAAUUAUACAGUCAUUUAUUAUCACAUCUUUAAACAUGUUCUCUAAGCAUUUUUAAGCAGCUGUGUUGCCUCUCAGAAUAACAGUGUAAACCUAUUGUAAGUCUGAAAUGAGCAAUGUAUUGUUAUUUAUUUUGCCAAUGUAUUAAGACAUUGAUGGUUUUAAAAUCUAUUACAGUGUGGACUCUGUCAGAUGCCUCUCGGUAAAUGUCAUGGUUAUCAGUUUUUUUUAAAUUUAAAAUAUUUCAGUGCAUUAUUUGAGUUAUGGAUAGUGUACAUUCCUUUUUAAGGAGUUUUGAGAACUCCAACCAAAAGGUUUUGGUUUUAUUCAGUCUGUAUAUAGUAUAUAUAUAUAUAUACAUAUUUACUUUGUUAUUCUAUGUUUGAAUUAGAUUUGCAGAAAUAGAACUUUUCUAAUCUGG